AGCCAAUAACCGAUCGAUACCUUUAGCCGAAAGUUUCAACGUGAAUAGCAAUCAAUAGCUAGACCCUAAAUGCAGCGAAGAGUGUCUUCGGCAAGAUGAAGAUUUUGUUGUUGGUUUCACUGCUUGUUGGAGGAUGUGCAGCAUCUAUCCCAAGACAUGUCAUCAUGGCUCCCGAUGUAUUUUACGUUGGGGUACCGCAGAAGAUCCAUGUUGCAUUAUUUGAUGUGACAUCUCCACAUAAUGUCGAGGUCAAAAUACGAGUGCUGCUCCCUGCAAACCCGCAGUGGAAAACUAUUUCCUCUGAUCGCGCUGUUUUCUCCAAAGAUCAUCUAAGCGGAUUGUUGUCAUUAACGGUUGGUUUAGACAACGCAUCAGAUUAUUUGACAAGAGGAAAUAACUGGCAAUUCUUUCUUCUGGCAAAAAUCAGCGAUUCUCACCAAACGUUUACCACGAAACCAGUAAAGGUUGCUGUAAGCUACAGUGAUGGUAUCGUUCUAAUCCAGACCGAUAAACCGAUCUAUACACCGACUCAAAAAGUAAAAAUACGUGUAGUGCCUCUUGGAUUCAAUUUGAUGCCAAGUACGAAAAAGAUUAAUCUCGCCAUAAAGAAUCCUCAAGGCAUUAGAGUACGCCAGUGGAAUAAUCUGUCUACAGAUUCUGGUUUUAUCAGCCAAGUCCUUGAUAUGGGUACCAGUGCAAUGGUUGGAAACUGGACAGUAGAAGUAUACUACGGUCAUCUUUUUGUCCACGACACGUCAAAAACGUUUGAAGUACGAGAAUAUAUACUUCCGAAGUUUUCUGUCACAAUUAAAGGACCACACUACAUUAUGUCUGGUAGCAGCCCUUUGAAGGUUUCUAUUGAAGCUAAAUACACCUAUGGAAAAACCGUAGAAGGCACUGUAUCUGUCCGACUCGACGUGGUGGGAAUACUAAAAGAACCACGUCGUCUUUAUUCGUUCAGAUCACUGCUAAGAAAAGGCACCUUUAAAUUCGAUGUAAAAGUGGAAAAUAUACAGAAGCUGUUAGGAGAUAAAUGGUUUCCAGCGAUAGAAGGCCAUCGUCUUCAAAUCACUGCUGAUGUGACGGAGAAAUCGACUGGCAAGACAGAGACGGCAGUUGAUGAUUCUAUAUAUUUUGUUGUUUCACCCUAUCGCAUCAAAUACAUUGAUACAUCACGCUUUUUCAUGCCUGGAUUACCAUUCCAGCUAAAGGUAAGGGUAACAUAUCCUAAUAAAGAAAAUGCUGCAGAUGUAAACCUAGUACUGGAAACCAAAAGUUUAGACGAGAAUGACAAAGACUUGGAGUCGCAGUCCUUCGUUAAGCAAGCUGUGGACCAGACUGUCGCCACCACUGACAAUAACGGAGUUGCAAUGUUCGUCGUCAACGUACCAAGCCAGGCUCGAAAACUCAUAAUAAGCGUAAACGCAAGUGAAGGGGCAAUUGCUAACGGUCAAAAUGCCUACAAGACAUUAUUAGUGGAGGCAUCACAAUCCGAUGAAUUGAUGAAGCUAAAACAGCAUAAACCUGCCAAGAUUGGGGACAGUGCUGGGUGUGAGGCUAUAAUAAGCAGCCUGUCUGUUAAUCAGCUUUCUUAUUUCGUCGUAUCGCGAGGACAAAUAGUUUACAAUGGAAAAAUUGAUGCUCGUGUUGGCGUUGGCAUUGUCACUACUCUUCCCUUCAAAAUAACAUCGUCAAUGUCUCCAUCUGCUCGUCUUGUCGCCUAUUAUGUAAACAAGGCCACAAAGAAAAUCGUUUCUGAUAGUAUUUUGCUGGAAAUUGAAGACACAUUUCCAAAUCAGAUCCUGUUUGUGCCUUUCAAUGAAAAGGGCGAUCACUUACCGGGUCAUUUGUACGAAUUGAAAAUCCUGGGUGCCGUUGGAACUAAAGUUAGCCUACUUGGUGUUGACCAGAGUGUUUACCUUCUCAGUAGAAUGAACUUGCUUAUUCCARAAAGUGUGUUUAAGAAACUGGAACAACUUGAUCUUGGAUGUGGAGCAGGAGGCGGGCGAAACGCGAAAGACGUCUUUAAGAAUGCUGGAAUGGUGGUGAUUUCUCAUGACAUGGUUUUACCGACAAGAGAAAGAGAAAAGUGUGGAACAGAACUUCGAAGGAAUAAAAGAUCGAUAGCCGGAAUGCAAGAUCACUUAGACUUCUGCUGUAAUCUCGGCAACGAAACGGACCCAAAUAAUAGAAACUGUUACAGACGAGUGAUGGAGUUGGACGUUGGAAUUUUAAAAGACCAAGAGCUAAUUCAUGAUUGUAAAACAAAAUACCUCAACUGCUGUAUUACUGCAUUUGGAUUAGGAGACGUUGGAAUACUAGCAAGAAGUGGUCAGCCAGAAAACUUUAUGAAUGACGAAGAGGAUCUUACCAAUAUUGCCCUUCGUCAGUUCUUUCCUGAAACAUGGCUCAAUGAGGAAAUUGUUAUAAGUGACGAUACAAAAUCCAAAGAUUGUAAAAAGCUACAUCUAGAUCCUCAAAGUAAAUGUGGUUCAGCGGUCUUACCUGUUUCUUUACCGGAGACCAUGACAACAUGGGUGGUGCAGGCAAUAGGAGUGUCCAAUACAACUGGUUUUGGUAUGGCUGAGCCACUUCRCAUCACAACCUUCAAACCUUUUUUCAUUCAUCUUUCCAUGCCAUAUUCUGUACAACGAGGAGAGGAAAUUACCAUCUUGGCAACUCUUUUUAAUUACAAGAAAUAUGAUAUUUCGGUCUACUUAUAUCUCAAAGGAGACAAAAGCUUCUGCUCAGUGGCUCAACCAGGAAAAACGUCUAGAUUGACAUCCAAUAAGAUUAAAGUCAAAAGGGAGAGUUCAGUUUCCUAUGCUAUUAAUCUAUUGCCAAUCAAAUUUGGGGAGAUACCAAUUGAGGUGACGGCGAAAGGUCUUUACGCGGAUGACCGAAUCCUAAAGAAGCUUCUUGUAGUCCCCGAAGGCGUUGAAGAAAUCUUGACUCAAUCGUACGUACUGGAUCCAAAAGAGUUUUUCAAAGGCAGAAAGGAACAGGGGGAAAAGCAGCAAAAUGACGCUGACAAGCUUUCCUUUCAAAGUGAACAAGCACACAAUACAUCAAGGAGCGAGCAAGUGGACAAAAUUCUACUGAAGAUAAACAAAAAAGCUGUUCCAGAAUCUGUUGAUGCUAAGGUCUACUUAACAGGAAAUAUGAUUGGACCAGCUGUGACUAAUAUCGCUGUUGGGCAACUCAAACAUCUACUAUACCUACCUUAUGGCUGUGGUGAACAGAAUAUGAAUGCAGUAGGACCGAAUGUGUACGCUCUACAUUAUUUGCAAGCAACCAAUCAAAUGACAAAGGAAAUGGAAAGCAAGAAAAAUGAUUAUAUUCAGCAAGGUUACGCUCGUGAGUUAAACUAUCGACAAGAGGAUGGUUCUUUUGCCUACUUUUCAAAAUCAAAUCGAGCUGGAAGCACAUGGUUGACUGCUUUUGUUGUGAAAGUUUUUUGUCAAGCCAGAAAAAUAAAAGGAAUUAAAAUUGACAAAGAAGUAUUGUGUGAAUCUGCAAACUGGCUGCUAAAGAAACAACGAAAAGAAGACGGUGUAUUUAUUGAAGAUUUGAAAGUGAAAUAUAUUAGAGGAAUGGGUUAUCAUGGUAACGUUGGUGCAUACACAAGCGAUAUGACAUUGACAGCUUUCGUGCUAAUCGCACUAAAACAAUGUCAAUGUGGAGGAUAUCAAGAGAAUGCUUCCGUUCAAAGAGCUACAACUAUUUUAAAGGAAAGCAUUUCAAACCUUACCGAUGCUUACACCCUAGCCCUUACAACGUAUGCCUUAAUACUGGCGGACAGUCCUGAAAAAAUGAGAGCUAACAGACUAUUGGUCGAAAUGGCAACCUUUAAUUCAGCAACAUCAACUCGAUAUUGGGAAACAGGUUCAAGAACACGUAAUAUCAAAACUGCUGCUUACGCAUUGUUGGCUCAAGUGGCCUUGAACAGAUUGGAGUAUGCUGGUCCCAUUGUAGUCUGGUUGACUAAACAAAGAGGUCCUAAAGGUGGAUUUGCUUCUACGACGGACACAACUGUUGCACUGGAAGCCUUGGCAAAGUACAGUGAACUAGCAAACAUGAACAAGCUUGACAUGAAAGUCUGGAUAAAAAACAAAUCGAAGAAACUAAACAAAGACACUGCUCUGUUACAACAAGAAGUGGAUAUUAAACCAUACAUAGAUAAAGAACUCAUGGUUGAGAGUAGAGGAACGGGAGUUGGACAAUUACAGAUUAAUGUCAAGUACAAUGUUCCGUCUAAAAAGAAGGACAAAUGUGACUUUCACUUGAGCAUAAAAAUCACAGAGGACGAAAGUGGCAAAUUGGUAUCUAAAACUGAAAGUGAAGGGCCCCAGAAGGGCACAAGAAUGGCCACUCAAGGUAGAAAGAGAAAAGGAAAGAAAAACAAAAGGAAAGGCAAGAGAGGGRAAAAAAGGCCAAGUAAAAGACGCACUGGACACAAAAAACCCACAAAAAAGCCAUUGCAAAAACACGAAAUACCUAAGAAACUAAUAGUUAGCAUUUGUGCACGUUUUAAAAAGCGUGGAACAACUGGAAUGGCCAUAAUUGAUGCCGGAAUUUUGACUGGAUAUAGUGUCAUCGAAGAGUCCUUGGCCAAGUUGGUAAAGAAAGAUAAUAGCAGUAUCGAAAGAUACGAGUUAUCUGACAGAGCCGUUGUGUUUUACUUGGAUCGGAUUGACAAUGUUAAGCCAUUAUGUGUGGCGUUUGGCGUAUUUCGAGAUUUUCAUGUUGGUGGAAUUCAGCCUGUGCCUGUGAAAGUGUAUGACUACUAUGAGCCUGAUGAUUCUUGUACUGUUUUCUAUAAUCUUGGACCAAGCUCAAAGUCUGUGGGUAAAUGCAAAGACACUGGCUUCUGCAAAUGCACACAAGGCAAAUGUCCCCUUGCGAAUCCUAGUCUUGGAAAUGCUGGCAGAUUGAAGAAAAGAAUAUGCAAACAAUUUGAUUAUGCAAUCAAAGGACAGGUUGUAUUCAUAGAUGAGGACAACACAUGGUUAACUUAUAAUGUCCUAGUUAUCACCGUUCUCAAACAGCCGGGAAAAGACGUCCAACUUAUCAAUGCAACAAAUGUAAUUGAGUUCAGAAAGCAAGCUAUUUGCGUAAAUCCACAUUUGUGGAUGAAAGAGACUGUUCUUAUUAUGGGACAGAUAAAACAUGGCCUAUACGUACUAAACAACGAUGCCUUCGUUAAGAAAUUGGAUAAAAAUGAGGAGGAGUACGUGGAUAAGCUUGCGGCACGCAUUAAAAGAAGAGGAUGUGGUUCUUGRUCAGAGACUUUUCAUGAUUGAACAAAUAAAAAUUAAAGAAACUAUAGAAAAUUAAUGAAACUGUACGCGCGCGUGCUGCGUGCAGUUACAAAGCACGCGGGGGUUGGCAGAACACAAGUGCUAUGCCAAUCCCCAAGUGCUUUAUAACUGCACAAAGCACAACAAGCAGGUUUUUUAUUUCUUUUAACAAGAUGAAAAUUACAAUAACUCAGAUUAUUUCGGAUAGGAAUGACGCAACUGAAAGUGCCAGCGCGUGUUGUGUGCUCUCAUAAAGCACGCGCUCCCAACCAAUCAAUUAUUUUAUACUAAUAAGUCAAUUUUAACUCAUUUGAUGAUUGAUAUGAGUUGGGAAUAAGUUAGGCAGUCUCUAUAUAGUCAGAUGCAUGUGAUCAGUAUUGAAUCAAAGGGUAUGAAAUGUAGAAGCAGCCUAAUUAGCUAAUUGCUUGUUAAAUCGCCCAUGCUUAUAAAAUUUAACAAUAAAGUUAUGUUAGUACUAAAAUUA